CUCUACGCGGGACUCUCGCGUAGAAUAGCUGCCACGGUACGCGCGCCGCGUCGAGCCACCAAAGACAUUGCUAAUCGCGCGUCCAUGCCGCGAGGGAUAUCCUAAAUCCACGAUUUGCCUGACAUCGCGAAGCUUCGACAAUUCGUCACAUAUGGUCUCGGAAAGUGCAAUUUAAUUUAUAUCCAAUCGGUCUCGCGUUCGUCAAUUGUUCCACUGUUGCGACGAAUGUAACAAAUUAGUGACGAGAUUGAUCGUGUCAGGAUUAGUGACGUUCAAGGAAGGAAAGUGGAGUUCAAGGAGUUGCGUUGGAUUUAACGUUGACGUGGUCGAUCACAAUCGGUAAAAGUGAAGUUCGCCGAUAAAAGGAAUAUACAAACGGUUCUGAGAGUGAUUGUAAUUUUCGGAAGCGAGGAUGAAGGGUCGCGAGACUAGAUAAAAGAAGAUCGUCUUCUUACUAGCGGGUAAUGUGGAGGAUGCAGGAAGGCAGGACCGUGUCGCCUUUAGGACCGGUCGUCCUGCAACGAGAGGAAACCGACAUGCGUGCCAGUUUAUCGUUACCAUCGCAGGAAAGGAGACCUGUAUUACUCGUACGCACCGGCGAAUCCUUUCCAAGAUUCGAUAGCGUACGGCAGCAACAGUCGCCGUCGAGCCCACCGAUCCUGCGAUCCGUCACUGCCGUCGAGAAGGAUCAGUACCACGAAACGGAUCCACAGGUCAGAGAGAAAAGGCCGAACGACGAAGAGGAGGAAGAGCAGGAUGAUGAGGAAGAGGAUGAAGUCGAAGACGAGCGAAACAGGAGGAAUGUCGUUGUGGACGAGGAAGACGACGAGGAACAGGAAGAAGAAGAGGAAGAGGAAGAAGGCCAGCCUGAAGGACAUCGAAACGGCGGCUACCACGAGGACGGGGACAUCGAGGUUGAUGUGUGUCGGGAGGACGCCGAUGAGAGUAAUCCCAGCAGCCCGGUGGAUCUCACGGCUCCCUCGUCGAGAGGCGUCGCGUCGGAGCAAUUCGUUCAUCCGUUCGCCAACCGCGUGCAUUCUUUUACCUGUGUGCAAAGUGGUGGCCACGGACCUGCCAGUCAUGGGACACCAUUGUAUAUAUCCGGACACGGCGCUACCGGCUCGGCUGUUAUGACAGUGUGCACUUCCGGUGGUGUAGCGCGCACCACCACCGGCACGUCGACAGGUAGCAUUACUACGACCGCCACAAGCACGGUGCAGACGAACAACAAGCGGUGCCUCGCAUUUUCCGUCGAGAAUAUCCUCGAUCCGAACAAAUUUACCGGUGGUCGCGUCGUCCAUAAUCGUGUGCAGCAUCGCCGACACCGGCGCGCCGGCAGCGUGCACGAAGAUGGCGACUCGCGGGGCGAGUUCGCCUGCGGCAGCGGCCAGGAAGAUGAGGAAGGUACACCGGACACCAUUAUGGAGGAAAUGGAGGAAGACGUUGAGGAGGAAGAGGAAGACGAGGAGAUUGAAAUGCGAGUCGUGGAUCAGGAUUCGGGCAGUGUCGGACGGGAAAAUUCAACUAGCGGCGGUACCAACACGACUACAACGAACUGCAAGAAACGGCAAUCAUCGUCGUCGUCGUCUACAUCGUCGAGUGGCGUUCAGGUACAAAACUGUCAGGGUCAAGGUCAAAACGGACAGAACGGCACUAGCGGCAGUGGUGGUGGUGGUGGUGGUGGUGGUAGUGGUGGUGGUGGAGGCGGCGGCGGAAGUAAUAGUAAUACCAGCGGCAAACCCAGAAGAGCGCGGACGGCCUUCACAUAUGAACAGCUGGUCAGGCUAGAGAACAAGUUCAAGACGACCAGAUACCUGUCCGUGUGCGAGCGUCUGAAUCUGGCUCUCGAGUUACAGCUGACUGAGACCCAGGUGAAGAUCUGGUUCCAGAACCGGCGGACCAAAUGGAAGAAGCAGAACCCGGGGCUAGAUGUGAACAGCCCCACCGUGCCGACGACGCCACCGCAUCCGUCGCCGUACGCGCCCGCCUUCCUCUUCGCCGCGCAUCCUCACCAGCACCCAUUGCCACACUCGCACGCGCACCCACACCCGCAUGCCCACGUACACCACCCGCCGCCGCCGGUGCCGCCGCCGCCGCCCGGAUACUACCACCCGGCGGCCCCACCUUAUCCGCCGACCGGACCGACCUUCUUCGGCCAUCAUCUGUCGGCGACUUCUGCUGCGACUGCGUCAGGACCACCACCAACCUCUACACCUUCCUCCACCGGCCUGGCUCUCUCGUCUCAUCCGCAUCCGCAUCCGCAUACGCAUCCGCACGCGUAGCGAAUUCGGCGAUGAUACUCUAUGUCAACGUCCUCGCCUUUGUAGUCCUCGGCAAGGAAACGGUAGGCUCGUGUGAGUACUUCCGGCCGUGGCAAGAAAAGUACCAGGAUAUGAAGAAACGCAGAUGUACACGUUCGUAGGAAAAAAAAAUUAUAAGCUCUUAUUGGUAUCAUUCGGACGAGCUCGCCAACAAUUCGUCAUUUUUUUUGGUGAUCAUUUCUCCUGAUCAUCGAAAUUGUUUUUGACCAAAGAGUACGUAUCUUCUAUACAUUAUAAAGAAAUCAAUUGGCCAUUUUGAAAAUAGCAUAAGUUCGUAAUUUUUGCAGAAAUAGGCAAUAGGAUAUAUUAUAUACACAACAAAAAGACGAAAAAAUUAAUUUUUAUUCUUA